AUGAUCGGGUCAAAGCUACCGGCUCAGUGGGGAAAAGAUGAGAAAACACUGGAGAGGGGGAAAAUCAAAUUUCAUUUCCCCGCACCACUGCCCAGUCCCUAUCUCUCUCUCAAAUUUCUGUCCGUACAGCUCGCCCCAUCGCCCGUCGCCGGUCGCCCCCGUCGUCCGUCGUCCGUGUCUUCCCCCUCCGGCAGGCAGAUCCUCUCCAGCUCUCUCUCUCUCUCCGGCGUAUUUCCUCUCUCCGGCGGUUCCCACUCCGCCAGAGACGGUCGUCCGUCGUCUUCCCCCUCCGGCAGAUCCUCUCCAGCUCUCUCUCUCUCCGGCGCUUCCCGCUCCGCCAGAUUCGGUCGCCCGUCGUCUUCCCCCUCCGGCAGAUCCUUUCCAGCUCUCUCUCUCUCUCUCCGGCGGUUUUCCUCUCUUCGCCGUUCUCUCUCGGCGUCCGGCGUCCGCCCUUCUCUUCGCCGUUCUCUCUCGGCGUCCGGCGUCCUCUGUCGUCCGGCAGAUCUCGUCCCAGUCCAGCUCUGUCUCCGGCAGAUCUUCUCUCCGGCGGGCAGGUUUACAAUUUCUGAGUUAGACGCAGUGAAAAAACCUGGCCCAGAGAACAAAGAAAUCAAUUAUCGAUGCUAUGCUGUUAAUUAUCCAUCUUCCGAUGAAGUCAUUACUUCCACAUUGAGACCAAUGUAAUAGUUAAUGGUAUUUGAUGUACAUUUUUGUUGUCAUUAAAGAUGGGUGUAUAUUGAUGUAUAUUUGACGUACCUUUACCUUUUGAUAUGU